GGGAGGCGGAACUGAAGCGGAAGUACAAACCAGGAACAACUGGGGGCGGAGGGUGCCGGCUGGCCUUUGGAAACCCACCGCAGGUGCGCGCCCCGAAGAGACAGACCCCUACUCCGCCGGCCCCGCCCCGCCCCCACUACGCGCGUGCGCACCUGGGCGGCAGGCGGCCGGCGGGCGGCAGUGCGCAGGCGCGCGUCGUGCCCGCCCCUUCCUCCGCGGCCGCCCAGUUCCGCGGGGGCCACUCAGGAGCCAGGACACGGGCUGCUCUUAAAAGAGAAACAGCGGCGGGCACGGAAGGUGGGCCCCGUCCCUCCAGCGCUGUCCCGCCCGCGCUUGGCGGCGGCGCAGGCGCCGUGGGAAGCUGGCCAGGCCCAUGGCCGCCUCCCGGCAGCGCCGACGCCUCCCACGGCGCGGGAGAGCGGCGCAGCUGGACGCGCGCCAACAAGUGUCGCAUCCGUGGCGGACAUGAAGCAGUGGUGCUCCUCAAGGAGCAGCUGGGCUUCUCCUGCACUCGCAGCUCGCAAGUCCUGCUGGACCGGUACACUUCUUCGGGCUGUGUGCUCUGUGCAGGUCCUAAGCCUUUGCCCCCCAAGGGUCUGCAGUAUCUGGUGCUCCUAUCUCAUGCCCACAGCCAAGAGUGCAGCCUGGUGCCCGGGCUGCGGGGGCCCGGGGGCCGCGAUGGUGGGCUUGUGUGGGAGUGCUCCGCGGGCCACACCUUCUCCUGGGGCCCCUCCUCAGGCCCCGCACCUCCAGCGGAGCCCAAGCCAGCCCUCCUUCCAAGUACUUCCCAGAGAAGCUGGUGCCCAGAGGCCAGGGGUGGGCAGGAGCCUGCAGGUUUGGAAUCGGAACGUGAGGAGAGGACGCAGGAGGCGAGGUUGCCCAGGGGAAUGGGGCCCCCACCGGAGUCCUUCCCGCCCCCAGAAGACGAGGGGGAGGACGAAGAUGAGAGUGAAGAGGAGAUGCUCAGUGACGCCAGCCCAUGGACCUACAGCUCCUCCUCAGACAACUGUGAGCCAGAUGCCCCCAGGCCGCACCCUUCCCCUGUCACCCAUGCACUCGAGGAGGGAGAGACACCUCUGGCCCCUGCAGCUGCCCCCACUUCUCUUGCUGUGCCACCCUCAUCAGCGUCCCCAUUGGGUUCUGGAGCGCCUCUGUCUGCAGAAGAUGAGGGGAAACCGGAGCUCCGUCAGACCCCUCCAGUGGCCCAGCAAACUGAGCCCCUGGCCAGCCCUGGGAGUCAGGUCCAGUCUGCUCUGGCGGUAGCCUGGGAUGAGGACAGUGCACAGAUUGGCCCCAAGAGAAUUAGGAAAGCUGCCAAAAAGGAGCUGCUGCCUUGUGACUACCCUGGCUGCGGGAGGAUCUUCUCCAACCGGCAGUAUUUGAAUCACCAUAGGAAGUACCAGCACAUCCACCAGAAGUCCUUCUCCUGCCCAGAGCCGGCCUGUGGAAAGUCCUUCAACUUCAAGAAACACCUGAAGGAGCAUGUGAAGCUGCACAGUGAAACCGCGCUGGGCAAGGCGGGACUGGGGACGGCGUUGGGCCCUGGACUGGCAGCCUGGAGUCACUGGAUUAUCAGUGUGACAAGCAGCAACCUGGUCAUCCACCGGCGCAUCCACACCGGAGAGAAACCGCUGCAGUGUGAGAUCUGCGGCUUCACCUGCCGCCAGAAGGCCUCCCUGAACUGGCACCGGCGCAAGCAUGCGGAGACAGCAGCCACCCUGCGCUUCCCCUGCGAGGUCUGUGGCAAGUGCUUUGAGAAGCCGGACAGCGUGGCAGCUCACUGCAGCAAGAGCCACCCAGCGCUGCUCCUGGCCCCAUCAGAGCAACUCAGCCCAGCGGAGCCCAGUUCCAGUGUCUCUCCCCCUGCGCUCCUGGGGGCCAGCGAUGGGUGCAGGCCCUCGGGUGUCUCAGGCUCUGACCCUGCUUCCUAAGCAGGGACCACGGGACUGAAGAGGAGAAAGGCCAGCCGCCUGGUUCCUGGGAACUAGGGUGAGGGGGAGUCAGGGCACAGGCAGGACUGGACUCCAGGGCAGUAAGGCUGAGUAGUCUUCCUACAGGACAGAAUAAACUCGGUAUUUUACAUGGA